GUCCCUCCCCCAGAACCCCGGAAGGACUCGGUGCCGUUCGAAGGAGGCGAGGAGCGCGAGUCCUGGGAUAGCAAGCUGCAGUUCCUCCUGGCUACCGUAGGAUAUGCUGUAGGACUCGGCAACGUCUGGAGGUUCCCUUACCUGGCGCAGAAGAAUGGAGGAGGCGCAUUCCUCAUCCCCUACUUCGUGAUGCUGACCUUCCUGGGGCUGCCGCUCUUCUACCUGGAGCUGGCGGUGGGUCAGCGCAUCCGGAAGGGGGCGCUGGGGGCGUGGCACCAGGUGUCACACUGCCUCGGGGGCGUGGGCGUGGCUUCGGCCGUCGUGUCCUUCGCCGUGGCGCUCUACUACAACACUGUCAUCGCCUGGUGUCUCUACUAUCUCUUCCAGAGCUUCCAGUCGCCGCUGCCGUGGUCCGACUGCCCGCACGCCAUCGGGGUCGUGGACACAAGCCACCACCAGCCUGGCCAGGAGUGCGAGCGCGCGGGGCCGACGCAGUUCUUCUGGUACCGGGACGCCCUGGACAUCACCUCCGACGUCAUGCACGUUGGGGAAUUCAACUGGAAGAUCGCCGGGUGCAUGGCGAUCGCAUGGCUCCUCAUCUAUGUGUGCAUCAUGAAGGGCAUCGUUGCUUCGGGCAAGGUGGUGUACGUGACAGCCGUGUUCCCGUACCUGGUGUUGCUGGCGUUCCUGGUUCGGGGGCUGACACUGAGGGGCAUGACUGACGGCAUCACCCACCUCUUCACGCCCAGGUGGGAGAAGCUCGAGGACCCGGUGGUGUGGCUGGAGGCGGGCACCCAGAUCUUCUUCUCCCUCGGCCUCGCCUUCGGGGGGCUCAUCGCCUUCGGAUCCUACAACCCCGUGAACAACAACUGCCUCAGGGACGCCAUCCUCGUCUCCUUCACCAACUGCAUCACCUCGCUCCUGGCCGGCGUCGUCGUCUUCUCCAUCUUGGGCUUCAAGGCCCACGAGACCCACGACCGGUGCAUGGCCGAGCGCAACGCCACGACCCUGGCGCUGCUGACGGAGGCUGGCGACGCGGCGGAGAGGAUCGACCUGCAGGAGCUGCUCAGGAGGAGGAACAUCACCCUGCCCGUGUGCGACAUCCAGGAGGAGCUGCAGAAGUCCGCCGCGGGAACGGGUCUGGCCUUCAUCAUAUUCACGGAGGCUAUCAACCAGUUCCCUCUGCCUCCCCUGUGGGCCAUCCUCUUCUUCCUGAUGCUGUUCACCCUCGGGGCGGACUCCCAGUUCGGCACGUUGGAGGGCGUCAUCUCCUCGCUCAUCGACCUCAAGGUGUUCCCGCAGAUGAGGAAGGAGGCGCUGUCAGGAUUGGUGUGUCUCGUCUGCUUCUUCCUGUCCCUCAUGUUCACCCACGGCGCCGGGAACUACAUCUUCCAGCUGUUCGAUUCCUUCGCUGGCAACAUUCCUCUGCUGGUGAUUGGGCUGUUUGAGUGCCUCGGCAUCAGCUACAUCUACGGAAUCAAGAAGUAGGUUUUAGUGGGUGUAGGAAAUGAGGGCGGU